AUGUCUCAACAAGAUUCAGAUUAUCGCUCGGAUGGACAAAAACAAUCCGAUGUGCAUGAGGAGGAGGUCCCAUCCUCGAAGACACCACUAUCCAGUGCGUAUGAGGAGGAGGUGGACGCACCCACAGCCACACCAGCGGCCACACUAUCUUCGCAUCCAGUUGCAAAGAUACUGCCGAACAAAUCUUAUUGCGGGAAAGCAAAUUUGGUAUCAGGGAUGAUAGGGACUGGGAGUGGAGUAUCUACAUCUAUAGAAAAUGCGGGAUUGAUAGGGAUGACACGAGUUGGUAGUCGUAGAGUUAUCCAGAUAUCAGCUGCGUUUAUGAUAUUUUUCUCCACUUUUGGAAAGUUUGGAGCUUUGUUUGCUUCUAUCCCAGCUUCCAUAUAUGCAGCAUUGUACUGCAUUUCAUUUGCAUAUGUGGGUUCGGGAGGCCUCGACUUGCUUCAGUUUUGCAAUCUGAACAGCUUCAGAGGCAAGUUUAUUAUGGGAUUUUCUAUUUUCAUGGGGUUCUCCAUACCCCAGUAUUUUGUGGAGUACGGUCCCGUGCGUACUAGAGCGAGAUGGUUUAAUGAUGUGGUCAGCAUUCCAUUUUCAUCUGGAGCGUUUGUUGCUGGUUUGUUGGCGGUCUUUUUGGACUCGGUUUUGCUUAGGAGGAGUGAUAGCCGGUUUCAUAGAGACCGAGGUAUGCAGUGGUUAGAUAGGUUCACCUCCAUGAGAGGUGAUAGUCGGAGUGCAGAGUAUUAUUCUCUACCAUUUUAG